ACGCCAUUUAAGCAAAAACCAUUUAGGACCGAAUGAGCUCAAUAAGGCAUCGUCGAGAGCCGUCCAUACGCCACAAGAAGCGGAAGCGCGAGAACGACGCAUCCACUCAACGAAUCGUUGCUCAACAUCUCCACCAAUACGCGGAUGUAAACGACUCUUUCAGCUCACUCCAACGCUCACUAAAACUCCAGUUAAAGCGCUAUAAGACACACAAAUCUAGAUCUGAUGAACUUAGCCGGAUCUGCGUCGCAGUGGAGCAAAUGACCCAUUUCCAGACCCUUUUCGGCGCCGAAAUGGACGGAGAAAGCGUGGAAUUAUCUAACGUUACAAGUCUAGGCAAACGAACCGACAAGCUGUUGACCAAACUCUCAAACCGCAGGAAACCAUUGGCUCGACGUACCCAAAAAGUGGUCAAAAGACUCCCAAACCUCAUGAAAAGGGCAACUUCCAUCAUAGCCGAGCGUCGACGGGUUCUCAAAGAGCAACAAGAGCUCCCAGCUAGACACCAAUGGAUACCAAUGAUCCUAUGGGCACUGUACGAUUCUGUGGCGGACGUGGCUGCCAUAGAAGAAGAGAAGAAGCCGCUAAAAACAGCGAUGCACCACGUCAUGAAGACGUUGAAGGAGACCAACCCGUUCUUUUAUUUGCAAGUAUUGUAUCAGCCUCCACCGGAUUAUUUAGAUACAUGUUGGCAAAUUACGGCGUCGCAGCAAUUAACGACCAUUACAGCGAGUAUGACGCCGCAUUUCCGAGCGUUAAACAAGAGAUCGGCCGCGUUACGGAACAACCGGGACGCGUUUGUAAGGACACGAUACGGAUGGAACCAGCUGCGUGUGACGCUGUCAUUUGCACGUCGAGCUGCUAGACAUUUCCACUUGUUGAUAUUACAUUUAUACUCGGUGGCGAUGCACUGUAACGUGUCGAAUGUGAAUGCUGCAAUCAUUUCGGAGAAGGCAACGAGUGGGAUUCUUAACGAUGAUGUGGAAUUGAGAGCUCGAUUGGGACUAGAUCGCAAUUCUGCUACGUCAGAGGACUAUUUACUGAAGGAAAGUUACGAGUGGACGCCCGAAUUGCUGGUUCAUCUGGAUAAAUGGAGAGAAAGUGGACGAGAAGUGUUCGGUUUCGACCGUCGAGAACAGUACCAGGAUUUCUUACCGCAGUUUUCGUUUGAUGAUCAGGCAAAAAGACACAAUAGACGAAUACCACGUCGCGAUGUGUUAGCGGAGAUUGGGUACAAGUUACGUGACGUAGAUCGCGUGUGGCGAGCGUCUCGACUAGGCACUUCUGGGUUUGAAUGCAUGAGAAUUGAGGAUAUUGGCGCUUUAGAGAAGAAGAUUAAAGGCUGUUUAGGAGCAGUGGUGGAUAUAGUCUACAAAAUGAUGUUGGCUCGCUGGAUGGAUCGAAGAAAGCGCCCCACGGAGUGGUGGGCGUCGCUGGAACUUUGUAAAGGACAGGAGUUAGACUCUGAGUCAGAUGGGGUUGAUCUUCCCGACGAAUUCCUUGCUGAUUAUGCUGAAGACUCACAAGGCGAGGUUUCUGAGGUUACAACUACGAUAGCUGCGCCGAAUGAAGACGUACAGGAUUCUACGGACGCGGAGUCUGUAGAACCUAAAGAGGUUGGAAGGACUACGAUGAGAUUACCUGCUCAAAGAGGCUUCAGACGCCCGACUACUGUAACCUUGAGAGAUGUUGUUAAGACGACGGACGCUGAAGAUUCUACUUCACUGGAACAGAAAGCUCAGCUUCGCGAGCAGUCUGAUAAGGAUAAAGCUGAGCGCAUAGCAGAGAUGGAUGCAGCGAUGGUGGGUCUGUAUGAUCGGUUAGAGUUAUCGAAGUCUGCUGUUGAAAGAGCGACCGAGACGAGACCAGAGUUUGGAGAAAAUUUGCAUGAUGACUGGCGGGUGACAUGCCUAGCGAGUCGUUUGUGCAGACUAACCAACGAGGCGCUGGUAUUUGUCGAGGAAGAUACAGCAACUUUCAAGAAGCCAAGCGUAAUUGAAGAGAAUUCGGCAUUCGUACCGGAGAAUAAUGGCGAAACAGCUUCAGAGGACCCGACCAUGAAGGAACUGCGUGCGAGUCUGCAGAAUGCUAAUCGUAACGUCGCAAAAAUGCUGUCUCCGUAUGAAGGUCAGCACUCAAACAAGUGGUUCCAUACAAUCUUGUCCACAGGACUCGACACUUUGGAGCUACUGCGUAUCACUCCUGAAGUUCUCGCGGGAUCUGAAAAGUAGAGGUGACUGAAUUAUGCAGUUUGGCUGGGGUCGGACACAAGGAACUAUUCGCGAGACCAUACAAGAAAAAGAGCCUGUGCUACGUACACGAUAAAUGGAACUUUUUUUAUCAAGGAAAAGUGUUUUUUCUGUUUGUUUUUUUUUUCAAGAUGGUACGGUACGGGUUAUCCUGCAUGAUAAUAUGUCCAAAUGUACUACGCAUCGAGUGAUCGAAAGGGUUCAACAAGCUUUAUGGGAUAGCGUUCGCCUCCAAGCGGGUCCCAAGCGUUCUCAUCUUCUCCACACAAAACGUUAUCAGCGAGCUCGACAUUUCUUUUCAUUUGACACAGUGGAGAACCACCCAAAGACACAGCAUCCCAAACAUUCGUGGUAAUCCAGUCAGGCACCUCUGUCAGCAGAGUGAACUCCAGUCCUAAGUACGAUAUAUCAAAAUUUAAGUUUUGACCUUGAGGUAGUUUUCGUAGUGGAUUCUUAGACAGCGCGACGCUGUAGAAAUAACUUGAGGCUCCAUUCAGGAACACAUCGUCGGGUAUUGUUUCUAUCUCGUUGUCGAUAAGCGAGAU